UAGGGUGUUGUAGCUGGAAAUAGGCAAAACGAACCAUUGAAAACCCAUAGAGAAUAUAUAGAGAUUGUACAAAGUUGAUUUUGUUAAAUAGUUAUACUAAAAUUAAUGCAAUAUUAGACUGAUAUACACAUUAUAGAAGUAUUCAUGAAUGAUAUACUGGAAAGCACUGCUUUUCCGGUGUGAAGGAAUUGUGGGUGGAAUGCCUUUGGCGGAUUAUGAGGACGCGGAGUUGGAGGAAUUGUACAACUGGGUGGACAGUAUUCCGCUGAGUAGACCGAAGAAAAAUAUCGGCAGAGACUUCUCCGAUGGAGUGUUGGUAGCUGAGAUUGUCCAGCAUUUCAGACCAAAGUUGAUUCAAAUGCACAACUACACUGCGGCAAGUGCGGUCAGUAUUAAGAAGGACAAUUGGACAGUCCUUAACAGAAAAGUGCUGAGCAAGUUGAAUUUCACACUGGGUGAAGAUGUCAUCCGCGAUGUUGUCAUGGCCAAACCUGGAGUUAUCGAGAAAGUGUUGAUAAUGCUCAGGCUGAAACUUGAACGAGCAGAGUGGGAGCUGACAAAACAACAACUCCCUCCUAAAUACAAAGCUAAAGGAGGACGACGUACAGAGAGCGAUAAGCCUGAGGCUGAUCAGUACAUGGCAACAACCGGUCGAGGAGUAGGAAAGAAAUCUCAGAGCCCUACACGAGGAGGGAUUCAGAGAAUGUCGCAUUAUGACCGUGGACUGUAUGACACCCACCAGUUCACUCAAUGGCCUGAUUAUUACCCUGAUCAGCAACAGCACAAACAGCAGGGACCCAGCAAGUAUGACUCCAAUUACAUUCCCCGCCUUCUGUUUGAGGAAAAAAUGCAGGAAAGUUUGUCCAAGGAUGAAACAAUAAAGAUUUUACAAGCCAAGAUCAGUCGAAUGGAACAUCUGAUUCACCUGAAGGAUGUGCGAAUUGAUGACCUACAGAACCGAGUGGAAACCAUGCGUCCUACAGGCAGUUUAGUAAGGCGAUGAAGCCUUAGGACUGCGGAAAACCCCAAUGUUAUUUAUAGGCUGACCUGAUUCAAACUCCCAAACUAUAUCAGAUAACAUAGGUGCUCUCUGUAAACUUGAGCUGUUGGAUCAAGAUGUCCAGUGUUUAUAUUGUCUCUGGAUCAAAUUCGUAGAAAAUAGUUCAUUCACAAGGCCUACCUUCAUUGUUGUCAACAUCAUCUUUACUGCCAAUGCUCCGCUGAUUUACCAUCUAUAACUUUCCUGAGGAAAUUUCUGAACAUGUGGAAUUGUAUGAUUUAUACAAAAGCCCUGAGAGACCAUAAACCUUUCUCAAGGUUCCCUAAAUCUAAUUGUAAGAUCAUCAGAACCUUAUCCUUCAGCUAUCUCUCUGCACAAUGACUGAAGAAUUGUAGAUCUCAUCCGCCAACGACUUCCACUGGUCGAUCACCUGUUGCCAGUCAUUAAACCUGUCUUUUGUGGAAGAUUACUAUGAAGUCUAAGCUGUAGUAAAUUUCUAUAUAGACUUAUGAACACACACAGAAGCAUGUCAUGCAAAUGCUCAAACAGGGCUGAAAACUUAGGGACGGUCAUAAUAGAGAGCUGUAAUGUUUUAGACCAAAGAUUUGAUUUGUACUGUAGUGUUGCGUAUUCACUGCUGGUGUCAGGGAAUUUUUUAACCAAUCACAGAGAAUACAUGUACAUCCAUUAUUCACUAUGUAUAUAGCUCCAUGGAAAAUAAAUCACUUUGUACACUAUC